GAGGACAGGACGCACACGGACCUUCAGUGAGCUCCUUCUCUCUCAGCUGCUGUGUGUUUUGGUAUGAAAACAUGUCUGUGAACGAGGUGCACGUGCUCCGGCCCUUCAAGCUUAUCGCGCUGCUCUGCGUCUUCCUCGCGCUCUGUUUGGACGUGGUGGCUCUUCUCAGUCCAGCCUGGAUCACCGCCGACCACUUCUCCCAGUCCCUGUGGGAGUCCUGCACCCAGUCCGAGCCUCGACACCCGGAGGAAGAGGCUGUGUGGACUUGCUUCUCCACCCUCACAUCUGACUGGCAGUUUGCCACCUUGGCGCUGCUUCUGGCUGGAGCCGUGGGGACACUGGUGGCCUUUUUGGUGGCCCUGAUCUCCCACUGCAGGGGGACUCACAGAAAGCAUUACCGUACCGUGGCCGUGUUCCUCUUCACUGCAGUGGUCCUGCAGGCCUGCGCUCUGGUCCUCUACCCAAUCAAGUUCAUCGACGGGACGGUUCUUCAGACAUAUCACGAGUUUAACUGGGGCUAUGGGCUCGGCUGGGGAGCCACCAUCUUCAUGUUGGGCGGAGGGAUCCUCUUCUGCCUGAGGACGGACAUAUACGAGGAUGCCAUGUACUAACUUUUUUUUUAACCCCAGCCCUGGAAAAUCCACACACUCAUAAACACGUACAGACAAAUCCCCUUACAGGAGGUGUGCUACUUUUCUUCUGUCAGCACAGCUAAUGUGUAUGUGAGCACAAACCCUCUCUCUCUCUCUCUCUCUCUUUUUUUGUCUUGCUCUCUCUGUUAUUUUUAGUCAGGUUGUGAAGGCCUAAUUUAGGCCAGGGCCCCCCAGCACCCCUCCUCCCAUGCAACCAGCAGGUCCCUCAGCCCUGCCGGUAUCAGGGGUGAGGCGUCAUAAAGCUAAAGCACAGAGCUUUCUGGACGGGCACGAGCCGCAGAUGCUGGACGUUUCCACUGCAUGUUGAUGUGGAUCUCUAUUGUUAGAGAAACAGGCCGUGAAUGUGCAGUGACUGAACAUUUAAAGGGAUCGACUUCUCCCCACUUUUCCUUUUUUUCAGUCGUUUUGUAGCAUUUUACAAAGAAAUGCUUGUUGUUCAUGUAUUUAUGGCAUAAUUUUUUUAACUAUUUAAAAAGCUGAACUCUUCUCUGUGUGUUCUAGCUGAAACAUAUCUAGUUAUGCUAAACCUUUUGAUAGUAGAAGUGUCGAAUACACAGCCUCUUUAGAUGCUAGAGCUAUGAAGUGUUUUUAACUUGUAAUGAAGCUCAUGCCAGUUUCUUUCAAAGGAAAAAUGUAAAAUAUGUAUAAAGUAUUUCUACACGAAGAAAACAUGAAAUAAAUUAGUGUAGUUUUGAGAGUAUAAGGGGUGUGUAUUUUUGUUGUAAAGUGACUUUUUGAUACUUUGAUGUUGCUCUCUGAAGUGAAUAAGGAUCAGCACCUCUGUCCUUUUUUGCAUCAACAGUGAAAUUACUUUAGAGACAAAAAAAAUAAAAUCAGAAUGUUUCAUUUAUUUAACUGUACUAAAGUGGUACUUUAAAAGCUGCUAGGGAGACCCCCAGGGCAUCGUGUGAUUGGCUGAUUAGAUAUUUGCUUUAAUUAGAAGCUGAACAGGUGUACCUAAUGAAGUGGUUGGUGAAUGUGUAUAAGUGAGCUCUUCUACUUUAUUUCUUUAUUGUAUUGCGUGGGUGAGAGUGAGUGUUUUAGGAAACAUCGGUUUAUUUGUGUAAACAAACUCAUUGGUUGAAGGAAAAACCUUCGAGUGAAGCUCCUGUUUGUUUGAGUUGACUGUGGCGCCACCCUGUGGACAAAGCAGAACCUCAAACUUAUGAAAUUGCUGACUUGUUUUUCCCAACAAGCACUAGAAUUUUUUUUUUAACAAAAAGUGUCCCCUCGCUAUAUUUUUAGCAUCAGAUGUAUCACUCAUACGCAGUCUUUCCAAGAAAAGUAUUUUCAGCUAUUUGAAGCAAGGAGAAUUAUGAAAUUGAAAAUAAACCUCCUACUG